AUGCUGGGAGGACAGGCCACCUUUGAGCUGCGCUUUGUGCUGCUAAAGCCCCGCCACAAUGGGCCCGGGUUGGGUUCGGAUCUCUGCCCGAGGGGCUGGUGGUUUGCUGAGCAGGCAGUGGCCCUGGGAGCAGGUGGACUCCUCGGGGCCAGCGCUGGCCACGUCAGCCCUUCGCCCAUCUCCCACCUGGUUCCUCUUGGACCCCAGCCCAGGGCCCAAGACCUCCCCUCCUCCAGUGCCAGCUCCAGCAGGGUGAUGGCUAGCUGGGAGGGCCUACGAAGCUGCCGGCUCUGGCGGGCCGUGCUGGCCGAGGUGGUGGGCACCUUUGUGUUUGUGGGGGUGGUUCUGGGCGCCUCUUGCCCCACGGGGGGGUCCCCAGCUCUGCCCCCGCCCACCCUUCAGCCGGCCCUGGCCGCAGGACUGGCUGGGGUGGGGCUGGCGCAGAGCUUUGGGGAGGUAAGUGGAGCCCAGGUCAAUCCGGCCCUGACCUUGGCCUUGGCCCUGACCCGCCGGCUGGACCUGCUGAGUGCCACCACCUACGUCCUGGCCCAGAGCCUGGGCGCUGUCCUAGCUUCCGCCGCCUUCUACCUGGCACUGCCCCGCUCUGCCACCGCCCAGCUGGUCACCCUGGUGAGCAGUGAGGCCCAGGCCGGGCAGGCCCUGGGCAUGGAGAUCUUCUCCACCUUCCAGCUGGCUCUCACCACCUUCGCCACGGCUGACCAGCGGCGGCGGGAGACAGGCCAACUGGGCAGCCUGGCCGUGGGCUUCUCGGUGACCGCCGGGGCCCUGGCGGCGGGACCAUUCUCCGGAGGCAGCAUGAACCCUGCCCGCUCUCUGGGGCCUGCUGUGGUGACUGGCAUCUGGGACUGCCACUGGGUGUACUGGCUGGGCCCAGCCUUAGGGGCCACCGUUGGCGGCCUCUGCUACGAACUCCUCUUCUCCUCCGGGGCCUCGAGGGAGAAGCUGGUGGCCUGGGUCGCCUGCCGAGAUGUGGAGAUGGUGGAAGCCGCCAGCGGGUCCCGCUCCUCCCUCUCUGCCCCUGCCGCUCAGGUCCCCCCGCCACGCCCCAGCCUCCCCACCAAGUCUGAACGCAGCUGAGCCCUCACCCCUGCACACUGCCCUGGUGGCCCCCACCCACCCCAUCCGUUGUCCCGAGGGUCUCCACAUCCCUAGUUCACUGCCC